AUGCAGUUUAUGUUGCUUUUUAGUCGCCAGGGGAAACUGAGACUCCAGAAGUGGUAUGUCCCAUUAUCUGACAAAGAAAAGAAGAAAAUCACAAGGGAACUUGUUCAAACAGUAUUAGCUCGCAAACCGAAAAUGUGCAGCUUCCUGGAAUGGAGAGACCUGAAGAUUGUCUACAAAAGAUAUGCAAGUCUCUAUUUUUGUUGUGCUAUUGAAGAUCAGGACAAUGAACUAAUAACUCUGGAAAUAAUACAUCGCUAUGUAGAACUUCUUGACAAAUAUUUUGGCAGUGUAUGUGAACUUGAUAUCAUCUUCAAUUUUGAAAAAGCCUAUUUUAUUCUGGAUGAGUUCCUUUUAGGAGGGGAAGUUCAGGAGACUUCCAAGAAAAAUGUUCUCAAAGCCAUUGAACAGGCAGAUCUUCUACAGGAGAGCCAGAAUGAAGACUGGGGAGGUUUGUCUGAGGAUAUCUUAUGAUUAAAGCAAUCUAAGGCAUUAGCCCUUUUGACCCCCAUCUAAAUGAUUGGAAGCAGAGACCCCACGUAGUGUACUUGAAGAAAUUGGAUUGACAUAAAUCUUCACUUCAGCUGAUGACAUCUCAGUGUUUCAUACUGUAAAUGUUCACUGCCUUCAUUGUAAUGUUUAGCUAAUGGUGUAAGAUGCUGUUUGUCAGUAUUACUGUUUUGCUAAGCUGCUUCAUUCAGGCCUACAGGAAAAAUACUCCUUUGAAAAGGGAGCAAGAAACUAAAGUCCAAAAAUCAUAAAUGAAAGGGAAUUAGAUUUAAAUUGACUCAGUGUCUCCCUUCACUGCAUUUAUAGGAAAAUUGCAUUUGACUUCAAUAAGUGUACUGGUUUUUAUAAGCAAUCUUGACUUCAGGAAAUAAAUUUAUCAUUAUGACACAGCAUAUCUAAAUGAAAAGAAACUACAUGGACAACUCCAAAUAUGAAAUGUUAUGGUGUAGAAAUUGUGUUUAUGCAACCAAAGACUUUUGUUCAUCCACAUUUUAGUCACCAUUUGUGAUAAUUCUGCUUGUUUCGGUUGAUGCAUAAAGAUUGGAAAUAACCUGUUUACUACUGAAUUUGUCAUUAUACCAAAGAAUCCUGUUUGGAUCUGCAUAUCAAACUGGUAAAAACUGUUAAGGUGAUACUGCUUUUUGCAAGAGAACUGCAAACUGAUCAGCUCACUAGGAGUGAAGGUGUAUUUAUGUGUAGCUACUUUGAGCAAAACUCUGCAAGUUACUAUACUAAAAAGGGAAUGCAUGUAGUUAAAAAAAUUCCACACAAGGAAACUAUCUUUAGAUCUGAUACUAGCUUGCUCUGGACAUAAACACACGGAAGGAGGUAGGCUUUUCUGACUGCAUAGAGAGGUGCAUAAUGAGAAUCGGAUACUUUUGAAGAUGGGAAAGAUGGAGUUUUCUAAAAGGGACUUUUUAUUCUUUUCAAACUCUACAAAUUAAUUUGUAUUUAUUGGUGUUCUGUAGUUAUGCUUUAAUGGGUGCAUAGGUACCUUAAAAAAACCCCACCCUAAAUGUCAAUGUCAUUUUAACUGCAUUUCUUGAGUUACACCUUUAACAUGUGACACAUCGCCUAUGGAACUCCUGCGUGAUGUACAGUUGAACGAACUAAUUUGCAGUGAGGGCUUUUAAAUAUUAGAUUUGUAUAGUAGAUUCACUGCAAAUCACAAGUAUUAUUUUAACACUUCUAGCAGACUUUCCAUAAUUAUUUUCACUUGAGGAAAUUCAAUUCAUCUAUGCUUUUGAGUUUUUUAGGAGGUAGUGCCACACUUCGGAGUGGCCAGUUUCUGCUCUGUGUCUCCAUUGUCCCUGAGAAGGUGGCUGGGCUGUUCCCUUCCCUCCCUGGUAACUUCACGCAAGGAGUCAAUGUUUUAGCUUGUUCACUUGAGUAAGUAGUGCCACGUUUUCACAAAAUGUCGCUUUGGUGGUGUUGCUGGAAGCAGUCAUGCAGAGCUAGCGUAAGCAUUUACCCAGCCAUCUGGAGAGCUAGACUGUGGGCUUGAUGCGAUCCAGGUUAAAUUUAACCCACCAGGAAAGGCUCAGCCUUGCGAGUCCCCUGAUCCAGAUCCUGGUAUAAAUGCAUGCAGCAGCAGGAGGGCCAGCUGGGGCUGGGCUGUGCCUGCACGCUUCUGCAACAGUGCCAGGGUGCAGCCUGUGAACUCACGGUGUUAAGAGUUUUGUCUGCUUAGGCCCUGUCUGGGACUUAACCAUACUGGAUUGCUUUUAUCCUGGGGCGUGCAAAAGCAGUGGUUUGCAUUUCCCUGGUGCACAAGGUGUAGGGAUAGAUGUGGAUGAAGUGGUAGCAGAAUGACCCUGUGUGUGAGAUUGAAGUAGUAAAAUUACCUUAAGUCAAACCUGAAGCAAUUUUAUAUGUAUGAAACAUGUUUUUAAAGUUUACACUGUCACUUGUAUGUGCUUGGCUUGGAUAAAGCUUUGUUGUGAUUGUGACAAAUAAAACUGUUUGACUUCUGUCACAUUGGUUUAGUUGUAAUAAAUGUUCAUUUUUACACCAUUGCUGUGUGUUUAUAUGUAAUUAGUUCUGGUGUUUGAGAGGAAAGAAGAGGCUACUCAGUGCUGGCUUAAAAAAAAGGGAAAUUUUAUUACAGUGCUUAACCUGUUCUUGAGCACUUCAUUAAAAAAAUGUGUGAGUAUACUGUGUCCAAGAUUAGUUAUUUACAUCCAUUUAAAUUGUACAGAAAGCAAUAAAUUAGCAAGUUUUUGGAAGGCUUACCACAUUAAACAUGAAAUUUAUUAAAGUGGUGGUGCCACUUCAUCUGAAAAUUAAAACAAACCACAUAUUGAGAGAGGGUUCUGGAUAAUACAGCCUGAAUAUUCAGUUCCUUAAAUGAAAUUAUGAGCAAGUCAAUGCAACAGUCACAAUCCUAAAUCUCAACCAAAAAUAUCUCAGAUUAAUCUCCAGCUUUCUAAAAGAGCUGAACUGGUUGAUGUUAUCAGCAAAAGCAUGGGGAAAACUUAACCAUUUUAGGGCAUUUCUUUAACAAAAUAUUUUCUUAAAUUUCCUAUCUUACAGGGAAGAGGUGGGGGGAAGCUAAAGAAUCAGAAUUUCUAGAUUGUUUAGGCAAAUGAUUGUUGGCUUGAGUAUCUUCAACUUUACGGAAUCCUAGUCUUCACCUUGAGGAGGCCUUCCUAAGCACCUGCUGUGCCUUUGGGUUAAUGCCAUGAUGGUGGUCAUGCUGUGGCUGCCUUUAAGUUACCCUGUGCCAUCAGUUAUGCCUGUACAGCUUGUGUUGUAACUCAGUUUACUGAAGUGUAACUUGUCAGUGUUAUAUGGGUUUUUUUAUCAGAUACUGAAUUCAUAUGAUACCUGAGUGCUAAAUAGGUUAUGUGGAAUAAUUGGGGUUUAUUUUAAUUACAGUGAACUUCUGGUGAAAACAAGAGCAACACUUUUUAGAUUUAAGAAAGUCAAUUAAGCUUUUAAGUUAUUAACUACAGUAGACUCGAAUGUUUUGUAAGAAGUGCUGAUUCAGGACAAGCAGCAAAAGCAUCUCUAAGCAGCCUCUUGUAUUCUUUUGAAAAAAUAUUAUUUAUCCCACAGGAAUGUCACUGGUAAACUUCAGGGCAAUUACUGAUACACUGAACGUGUACGAUCUGAGAAAGACAUGCUGUUAUCAAGGGACACGAAGCUGAGACGUUACUUGGGAUGUACAUGCAAGGGAAGGCCCAGAGGAGAGGCCUUUCCCGUGUCACCCCCGGCGCCGCCCGGCCGGGCAGGCAGGGGAACCCCACGGAAGGAGCCACCAGCCACAACUGGAGCAGCCGCGCCGCUGCGAGGGGCAGGCCCCGGGCCCGGCUGCCUCCGUGCUGCUGCCGGGCAGUUCCCGCCGCGCUGUCCCCCUUCUGCCACGGGAAACAUGGCAUCUUAAUGCCCCAAGGGUAGGAGCAGCGCCUGCCUGCUCCCCACCCCGACUGCGAAGCGACCUGCCUCCAAGGCCCUAACCCACUGACUUCUUCCAGCUCUGUGUAAACACCUGCUUUCAUAAUCGCUCUAAAGCACCUCAGUGAUCCUUGCACAAUUCACAACUGAAAAAAAGUUUUGAAAGCUGCUGCUUCUAAGCAGUCAUUAAAA